GGUUGUAGCAUUAUGUUACAAAAAUGUGUUUUUAACCACUCAUAUCUAGCCUCUCUAUAAGCCCCACGUCCACCCACUCUCUUUACCUCCCUCCCUCUCCCUCCUCUAUCCUCCUUCCUCUAUCCUCCCUCCUCUAUCCUCCCUCCUCUAUCCUCCCUCCUCCCUCCUCCCACCCUCCAUCUCUCCGUCUCUCUCCUCUCUCUCUCUCUCUCUCUCUCUCUCUCUCUCUCGCUCCUCUGCUCUGCUCGCUCUGUCCGACUCGGGGCGCCUCCGGCGCUGUUCUGCCGCGCCGAGUGCAGCGUGCACGGGUCAGUGACCGCUGCACGCUGCCGCGGAGAGCGGCUCGGACAGCCGGCAUCAGUGGUCAGUGGCGGCAGACCGGCCUCGGUGGCAGUGACAGCAGCGGCAGCCAGCCUUAGUGGUCAGUGGCAGCAGUAGAACGGGCCGGCCUUAGUGGUCAGUGACAGCAGCCAGCCUCAGUGACAGCAGCAGCCCGGGAGGCCUCAGUGGCAGCAGCCGGCCUCAGUGGUCAAUGACAGCAGCAGCAGCUCGUUCUCAGCAGCAGCAGCAGCAGCAGCUCGGCCGGCCUCAGUGGCAGCAGCCGACCUCAGUGACAGCAGCAGCCGGCGGCAGUGGCAGCAGCGGCAGCGCGGCCGGCCGGCGCUGAUGUGACGGCCCGCUGUAGGACCGUGCUGCGGCCAUGACGCUCCGUGGCUGGCCCCGCGCCGGCCUCCUCAAGACGGUGGCCUCUGCGGCCCUGCUCUGGGUGUAUGUGAUGGUGGUCACCCGGAUGGAGCGGCCGGCGCCCGCCGUCAGCAGCACCGGCGACCCGGUGUGCCGCGCGGACAUGGAGGUGCGCGCGCUGCCGCCGCUCCCUGAGGACGACUGGGUGAUGCUGAGGGAGCUGUUCACCUACCUCACCAAACCGCACCCCAGGGCCUGCCACAAGAAGGCACGCUUCGGUGGAUACGGCGCCCGCAGGCUGCGGGACAACCGGCAGGUGCAGGACGGCCAGAAGUACGUCUGCAUGGACGGCGAGUUCACGCUGCACACCAGCCGCCGGUGUCUGGUCUACUCGUUCGGCAUCUCUACCGACUGGUCGUUCGACUGGGACAUGGAGUGGUUCGGCUGCGAGGUCCUCGCCUUCGACCCGUCCAUCGACCUGGCCAGCGGCUCCAUGAACGGCACCAUCUCGUUCCUGCGGUACGGCAUCGGCGCCUGGGACCACGUCACGCGCGAGGGCUGGCAGAUCCGCACGCUGGACACGUUCAUGCGUUACCUGGGCCACCAGGAGCGCACCGUGCACUACCUCAAGAUGGACGUGGAGUUUGACGAGUUCGAGGUGCUGCGGCAGCAGGUGAUGCUCGGGCACCGCUCGCCGCUGGCCACCAACGUCGAGCAGCUGGGCGUCGAGCUGCACCUCACCUCGUUCCUGCCCGUGUGGAAGCACAUGACAUUCUACCGGGAGAUGUAUAAGACGUUCCUGGCGCUCCAGCAGAUGGGCUACUAUCUGUUCCACUACGAGCAGAACGAAAUUAUCCAGCCCGAUAUGGUGGUGCCGGGCGUUGAGGGGCAGCUCGUCUCCGCCAUGGAGGUGGCCUGGCUGAAAACCAGGUGCGUCACAUAGAGCGUGUGAGGUCUGUGAAUUGUCCUGUUCGGUUUAUCACUAUCUGCAGUGCUGCAACUGCGGUGGAGCAGCGCUGUGUCAGCUGCCCCGCUGUACCAAAUGUAAAGCAGCUGGCAAGGACACGACAACUAUGGUGAAAUGCAAAGAAACGUGCAUUGGUACAAUAUAAACAGGACGCUUAUGUUUGAGCUGGUGAGCAGACAUCAAUAAAUGACAGGCCAUUAGCAGAGGCUGUCAUAUACGGAUUAGUCAGUUAAGCCGUCGGAAUGUGGCGAGAGCUCGAAGAAUACGGUGGUGAGAGAAUAACCUAUGUCAAUGAAGGUUUUACCGCACUCACGUGCAUGUGUUUCGAGGGUUUUCGAGCAGCCAUGCUCACGCGAAUGCCGAUGAAAUAAAUCUGCCCCUGCAACAAAAACUA